AUGGAACAAUACUCACAAGAAAAUCCAUUGUUUGAUCUGCUCUAUAUUUUGAGAGGAGGAAUUCCUUCUCAUCCAUUCUUAUUUCAUCAUAUCUUCCAAUACUUUGACAAGGAUCAAAAAUUAGCCAUAAAACUCUGCAGAAUUUUGAUGAAUCAUCAAGAUUGUAAUCAGAAAAACCAAAAUGGAUUCACACCACUCCAAAUUGCUGUGAUUUACAAUCAAAUAGGUGCAAUAAGAUAUGCAUAGAAAGACGGCCGAUUUGAUUUCAAUGAUGAAACGUUAAUGUAAUUAGCAAUCACUUAUGCUUAACUAGAAAUAGUUGAAAUUCUCUUAUUAGUAAGAAUAUUCUCCAUAAUGUUAGGAAGAAGGCUUAUCAGUAAUUGAAACCAAUUACAAAAAAAUGAAUACUCAAUCUUCAACCUAUUUAAAAAUCCUAAAAAGGUUCGAAAAAAUUGAAAUUCAUAAGGUGUUGGGAGAGGAUACAUCUGAGUAUUAAGAAAUUGUAGUUAAUGAAGUUCCUUAAUUCCCGAUUGGCAAAUCUCCAGGUAAAAUUAUGUCAGACAAUGUCAAUGAAUGUCUGAUCUCAUCUGCUUAGUGUAUAUAAACAUUAGAAGACAUUAACCACGAUAAUAUUUAGUAGUUGAAAAUUAAAAAAAGCAACCUUUGCACUCAAAGUUCUUGCCAAGAACAUCAAAUUUAAAAAUAACACAAUUAAAUCAAAGACUAAUAAGAAAUUCGAAUGUCCUAUUAGAAUUUAUUUAGAUGUGAAAUUGUCGUUGACUAAUUACUUUCUGCAUUAUUCUAAUUUAAAUAUGUAAUAAAAUAUGCAUAAUUAAGAGCCAUAAUUAGAUUAUGUUAUCUUAUUGUUUCUUGCUUAAAACAAAAAUGAUUUCUACUAUAAGAAUUUGGAUAGCUUGAUUGAAUAAGAAUUAGUGGCAUUCCCUCAUAAUAACUCUUUUUCAUACUCAAACUUCGAUUAAACUUAGAAGAUUGAUAAUUAUUGCAAAAUAAUAACAAAAGAGAUUUCAUAAUCCCUUAAUGAAUAUAAGUAGGUAAUUUUAUUUAAUAUUAAAAGUAACUAAAAAAAAAGCAGCAUCACUUUGAUAAUCUUAAGGCUCUGCUCUCCUAUAAACUAAAAUAUGAUAUUUCAUAUCAAGGCCCAUGUGAGGAUUUGCUCAUGAAGUUCUAUCAUUCACUCCAAAUUUAUAGAGGUCUAUUUUAUAUUCUCCAUAAACCUUGCAUGAAUUUCAAUUGCUCGUUUUUCACUUUAGAAUAAUUUGAAUUAAUAAAUAAAUUAGAGUACAGAAAUUCACUCUAAUAACUUACAACUAACUAGACACUAUAAACAACCAAUUAAUGA